AUGGGAAGAUCCCUGACCGCGACACUUCCGCUGAUUCCUCUCCCUCGCGGAACUGUCUUAUUACCCGGUCUUGCCUACCGCAUCACCGUCAACUCCAGCCGGCCCGACAUCCCGGCCCUCCUCGCCCACGUCUACGAACUUGCCGCAUCAAAGGGCCCGGAUGGCCGCAUCGACACAAUCCCGAUAGCAUGUGUCCCGGUGUCGUCCCCGCUGGUCGGCCCGGACGGCCAGCUGCUCAUUACCAAUGGCGAAGACAUUGAUAAUACCCGAAUCGAUUCCGUCAAUCCGGGCACUGCGAAAAAGGAUGACUUGUUCGGCUUCGGAGUCGCGGCCAAGAUUGUGGGCAUUGACGGCCGCGGGUCGGGCGAGUUCGCUCUGCGUGUUGAGGGCUCGAGCAGAGUUAGAGUAGACGGCAUCACUCGCGAGCGUCCCUUUUUUGAAGCUAAAGUCACAUAUUAUGAAGACGAAAUCGACGUCACCGACAAGCAGCUGCAAGACUUAUUCAGCCUGCUCAAGCUACGCUCAAGAGAGCUCGUCACAAUUCUUCGCAUAUCGUCGUUACUUCCUCGCGCAAACGGCCCAUCCCUCUCCCCCGCAGUCACAAAACGGUUGGAGAUGCUCAUCAUUAGAAGAGAAUUGAAAGAGGCUGGUAUGCUGGCUGAUUUCAUGGCCAACCUCUUGGAUGCCACACACGAGGAAAAGCUUGGUAUUCUAGCGGCUCUGGACGCCAAAGUCAGGCUCACAAAGGUUAUUGAGCUUCUGGAGCGACAAGUUGGUGGUAUCAAGAACAACUUUAAGAUUACUACGUUCACAACGGUCCCCGUUCAAAUCAUUGACCGCUUGAAUGAGAACCCCUCUAAAAGACAGAAUACAAUGCCACCGAUGGCAGGCAUGGGAUUUCUGCCACCUCCAGGGGGCAAUGACCAAAACGAAGACCAAGAGGCGUCUGAGCUUGACGAACUAAAGAAGAAGCUUCAGGCUUCAAAACUUCCGCAGGAUGCUGCCAAGGCUGUGGAUAGGGAGCUUCGACGGCUGCAGAGAAUGCCCCCCAUGAAUCAGGAGUACCAAGUAACAAGGAACUGGCUGGAGACGGUAUCUGAAAUCCCAUGGACAGCAGCUACAGAUGACCGGCUAGGGCCUGACACCCUGACCAAAGCCCGAAAACAACUUGAUCUCGACCACUACGGCCUGGACAAGGUAAAGAAGAGGCUCAUCGAGUAUUUGGCUGUGCUCAAGUCAAAGCGCACAGUCGACAAGUCGCCAAUCAUGUUGCUGAUCGGACCUCCUGGCGUAGGAAAGACAAGCCUGGCCAAGUCGGUUGCGACUGCUCUGGGCCGCAAGUUCCACCGCAUCUCCCUAGGCGGCGUUCGAGACGAGGCAGAAAUCCGCGGGCAUAGGAGAACGUACGUGGCGGCCAUGCCAGGGCUCAUCGUACAGGGCUUGAGGAAGGUCGGUGUGGCGAAUCCUGUCUUCCUCCUUGACGAGAUUGACAAGAUUGGCUCGGCAAGCGUACACGGUGACCCCUCAGCUGCCAUGCUCGAGGUUCUAGACCCAGAGCAAAACCACAACUUCCAGGAUCACUACGUUGGCAUGCCGGUUGACCUGUCCAAGAUUCUCUUCAUCGCUACCGCCAACAGCCUCGACACCAUCCCUGGCCCUCUGUUGGACCGCAUGGAGAUGAUCUAUCUUCCUGGCUACACCACGCUUGAGAAGCGCCACAUUGCCAUCCAGCAUCUGAUUCCAAAGCAGCUCAGGGCUAACGGAUUGGCUGAUGACCAAGUUGAGUUCAGCCAGGAGGUGGUAUCUAAAAUUAUUGAGUCGUACACCCGUGAGUCAGGGGUUCGCAAUCUGGAACGAGAGAUUGGCUCUGUAUGUCGUGCCAAGGCAGUUGAAUACGCCGAGGCGAGAGACAACAGCGCCCUAGAGACAUACCGGCGACAGCUCACCCUUGAUGAUAUUGAGCACAUUCUGGGCAUCGAGAAGUAUGAGGAAGAAAUUGCCGAGAAGACAAGCCGUCCAGGUAUCGUGACGGGACUCGUGGCCUACAGUACCGGCGGCAAUGGCAGCAUCCUCUUCAUCGAGGUUGCAGACAUGCCCGGUAAUGGACGGGUGCAGCUUACGGGCAAACUGGGCGAUGUUCUCAAAGAAAGCGUCGAGGUUGCCCUCACAUGGGUCAAGGCUCAUGCCUUUGAGCUGGGCCUCACCCCGGAGCCGCACGUCGACAUCAUGAAGGAUCGCAGCAUUCAUGUUCACUGCCCCUCAGGAGCAAUUCCCAAAGACGGGCCCAGCAGCGGCAUCGGCCAGGCCAUUGCCCUCAUCUCACUAUUCUCUGGCAAGCCAGUGCCUCCCACAAUGGCCAUGACGGGUGAGAUAUCCCUCCGCGGCCGGGUCACCGCUGUCGGAGGUAUCAAGGAAAAACUCAUCGGUGCCCUCCGAGCGGGGGUUAAGACAGUGCUACUUCCAGCGCAAAACCGCAAAGAUGUCAAGGAUCUCCCCCAAGAAGUCAAGGAUGGCUUGGAAAUCUUGCAUGUUGGCCACAUUUGGGAUGCGAUCCGACUGGUCUGGCCCGAUUCCCACUGGGCCGAGGACCAUCAAUUUGCCGGCAUUGAAAGCCGUCUGUAA